AUGGCCGAUCAACCCACCAAGACCAUCCUCGAGGAAGGCUCCGGCCCCAACCCUGAAAAGGGCAACGUUGUUCUCAUGGGUUAUACCGGUUGGCUGAAGGACACCUCCCAGCCGGACAACAAGGGAAAGAAGUUCGACUCUUCUUACGACCGACCGGGCGAAGGCUUUAGCUGUCAGAUUGGUGUUGGACAAGUCAUCAAGGGUUGGGACUUGGGUGUUGUUACUAUGAAGCUCGGCGAGAAGGCUAGACUUGAUAUUCCCAGCCACCUCGCUUAUGGCAACAGGUCUGUUGGCAAUCUUAUCCCUGCCAACUCUGACCUCAUCUUUGACGUCCAUCUGAAGCAAAUCAAAUAG